AUGAUGUUGAUUUCUUUGAUCCUGUGGCUUUCACGUUUAGAUAUUUCGACGAGUUUGUGGAAUCUUUCGGCUGUGCCAUGGUAUUGUGAUCGAAAUUGCUAUAAUACAAUAAGUAAGAGAAAGAUUAGCAAUGCUGGAUGUCUGGAACGUGGAAAAAGUUGUUUACGCUGGGAUGAAGUAAAUUCAACUUUUCAAUCGACCGAUUUUAGUCGUCAUUUUGGUCCAUCCAUUAGAUAUGCUUCAACUACAUUGUCAACUGGAAUGCAUUCAUUAGAAAAUUAUUGCCGUAAUCCGGAUGACUGGCAUAUGGGACCAUGGUGUUUUGUAAUGGCUGAAUCUCGGAUUCGACGUGAGGCAUGUUUCAAGCAGUGUGAGGCGUACAAUCAUCCGGAAUUUUGUCUUGCAAAAAUGUUUUUUCCAUACAUGUUGCAUCAUUCGUUGUCAUUAUUCAAUGGUGCGCCAAAAGUUGAAACAAAUAGUGAAUCUGUUAAAGAUUUGAGCGACAUCAUCGACGUGCUAAAUAUCGUGCGUAUCGAUUCCCAAAUUAGGCCAAUGUUCAUUCCAACCUAUUUCAACGAUUACGUCCGAAAUUAUCCUGGCGAUAUUUCUACACGCCUACGCUGCUACCAAACAGGACCACAAACACGAAUCGCUGGUCCAUGGACAUAUUCAGAUAUCGAUGAUCCAUUUCCAGAACGACGAUAUUGGCUAUCUGACUUGUUCGAUGACGUCGGUGCUGAUGACAUGGAUCGUGAACGGGCAUUUCGAGGUGAUGGCGGACCACACUUCACACGUUGGAGGCCAUGUUUUUUGGCAUGUGAAGAUAACAAUAUACCUUGCUGGCCGGUUGCGCAAGUGAGCCCUACACGUCGACGCUUUCCAUAUUAUGGACCUCGAGAUUACAACAUCCAUGGCGAUCGUUGCGUAUCACCUUUUUUUGCCUAUGAAAUUCUCUUACAUCGAAAAAAGAUGACGAAAUUGACAAAACAUGACAAAAUAUAUUUGGAAAUAUUUCGUAAUGACAUAUUAUACGACAAAAACAACAAGCCAAGGAUACGAAAUGUUUUUGCUCAUUCAAAAGGUCGCUUAAUGGUUAGCAACCGUUGCUUUACCCUUGGUGAUUUUCUACGUGGUAUGGACAAAAGAGCUCGUACUGAUAUGGCCGAACAAUAUCCGCUCUAUCAUUAUAUAUUUAGAAUUGGGGCUGGUUGUUUCAUUGAGGUGGAAUAUCGAAAAAAGGUAAAAUAUCAAGCAUGCUUUACUGAUUGUCGAUGUAAUCGAACAUUACAUGAACCGGCGAUCUUUGAAGAAAAUCGUUGUGGCUUGGAAGGGAAAUGUGGCGGAACUAAAACUGUUGAGGAGGAUGAUGAUUAUAGUGAACAUUUGGAUAUAUUAAAAAAUAUUACUGGCAUCGGUGAAGUAAAACCUUCAAGAAAUAUGAUAUUUGCUUCAUUAUUAUUGAUAGGCAUUGCUUUAUCAUGUUUUGUUAUCGGGAUAGAUCAUCAUUAUCUGCAAUUUAUCACCGAGCAGAUUCCAGGCUUAUUUAUGGGACAUUUAUGA